UCCUCAGUCUAGUUAAUUUCGAGUUUGAAUCAAUACUAAAGUUUGACGCGAAUUCAGAAUGAAGAUUUCUGUAACUGUAUUGUGUUUGGUAGUAUUGGCUUAUUGUUCGAACAGUCAUGCUGAAGUUGGUCCAAAGCGUCAAAAACGAUCGGUUACAAAAGAAAUGUGUCCAGAAAAUAUAACAUAUGCACAAUGCGUAGGUUACGCCAAAAAAAAGUCAAAAACUUUAAAAUACUGUCAUCAUCAAUUCGUUGGUGGGAAAAAUUUGAUAGAAUGGCAAACUUGUGAAAGUGUUUCAUGUGAAGAAAAUACAAUACUGAUAGCAGAAGAUCUUAGCAAACCAUAUCCUGAUUGUUGUGAAUGGUGUGAAAUAAUUGAUGCUACAAAUCCAGCGACAUUUUCUAGCGUAGUUUAAUUCAUCGGUAUUGCUAUUGAAGUAAUCAUGACAUGUUUCACUUGUAAAUCUAAACAACUGGAAUAGCUUCGUAUAUUCUGUUUACUUAUGUGAUUCGCAACAUUAAUGUAACAAAUAUUACAAUUUCAUGUAUUUGAUAUUUGCUGACUUUCGAAUUAUGGAAAUAUUAAACUUACUAAAUUGGAUACCGACAAAUUCUCUGAAAAUACUUGACAUCUCAAACUUUGCAAAAACAAUUAAAAUAAUAUAUUAUUUUGUUAUUACGAGGAGUUAUUUAUA